GGCUGGCUAGUGCACAAGAGAGGCUAGACAUAGCCGCGCAGAUAGACAUAACAUCGCCGAUAGAUGUAUUGCAUGUGUCGCAACGUGACGAAGGGGAUGGCGAGGGUUUUCAGGAACCCCUGGCUGCUGCAGGGGGUAGGACUGGUGACUCUAUAGAGUCGAAUAUACAGGACGGUGGCGGUGGUGGUGGCGGUGUUGUUGAUGUUGAUGGUGACAAUGGCGGGGCUGAUGUUGAUGGCUGUGGUGAUGAUGAUGGUGGUGAUGAUGGUACACCUGCGCCUAUGGCGGCGGGUGAUGAUGAUGACGAGUUGCAUACUAGAUUAUUUCCCCGCUUUAACGGUUUUGAGGUUAGACAGUCCAUUGAUCUGAGAAGUAUAUCCCUUGUAAAUUUACAAGAGGUCCCUGAUUUGAUCAGGGAGAGGCUGUCGGGGGUCAUAACAAACUGCUCACAAAGUACAGCCGACGGUAGUGUCUUAAACGUUGUUUUGAGAGGGCCUUCACUGGCAGCUGAUGUGCAGGCUGUGCUCGUGGCAGGUGAUGAUUACAAUGCGGAUUUGUUUAUGGAUCAUAUUAGCCAAGUCAUACAGAGUAACGACACAGGUCUGACGGAUGAUGUGUUAGAGCUGGUGGUCACAGGGGUCCAUAACAAACGGGGUGGUGGGCGUUUGAAGUUAAAAACAAUUCCCUAUGAUGAGAUCAUAAACAAGAAGAAAUUAAAUCUCUAAACACCUAGUAACACACAUGACAAUUUGUGUUUCUCACUAUGCAUGAUACAUUUUCUGCAGGAGGGGGUAACCGGAGGCAGCACAGUGCCCGACGAGAGUAAUUUGGAGGCUGCUCGCAAAUUACAUAGGGAGCUGGGGUACGGUCCAGAUCACUCUGUGGGUUUCUCGGAUGUUUUCAAAUUUGAGAGACAUCUAUAUGUUAAAAUCUUAAUAUUUCAUCAUAAUGAUGCAUUCAAGAAGCUGGAGAUGUUCCAGACGCAUACGGGCCAACAUCCUAAAACAAUAUGGUUGUACCUACAUGAUAACCAUUAUCAUCGUAUAGUGAACCGCACGGCUUUCUUUGGUACGCGACAUGUGUGUGAAUAUUGCUACAAGGCCCACGAGGGAAUUCUAUUCCACAAAUGCCCGGUCCAUUGCAAUGUGUGUCUGACAGUGUGCGAUAGCCUGGCAGGUCGUACUAUAAAGUGCACGGACUGUAGUCGUAUAUGCCGCUCGCAGGUCUGCUACGCCACACAUAAGAAACAUUCUGCCGUACAUAAAAUGAUACCAUGUGAAAAGAUCAAAUACUGCAAUCGGUGUUGUAGACAGUAUAUCAUACCGCAGAAGAAAAAGAAGAGGGGGGAGGAGGAGGAGGAGGAUGCCUAUGAAGGUCAUGUAUGCAGCGUGUCAAAGUGUCAUCACUGCGGUGAACCGCUACUCAGCGACACGGUGCAUGAAUGUUUUAUCCAGCCGUACGACCGCCUUAAGAAACGCAAACGCAAGGGUCGGGGGAACCGUUAUACGACAGCUGCACCUGUAGAUGACGAUGAUGAUAAUAGCCGUUUAUCUGAUGAUUACAUAUAUUAUGAUUUCGAAACGCGCGUGCAUGAUGGCCAUCACGAAGCAAACUUUGUUGCUGCUAAGACUUCUGAAGGCGAUGAAUGGUACGCUAGCGGUACAGAUUGCGUGGGAGAGUUUGUGAGACGCUAUAGAACAGGGGCUUAUAGGUUGUUUACAUUCAUAGCACACAACGCAUCGGGCUUCGACAGCUAUCUUGUCCUGGAAUACAUGACCAUGCAGGGUAUUAUACCCUUUAUAGUCAUGAAGGGUAGCAGAGUUGUUAUGAUGCGCGAUGAUGCCUACAGCCAGAGAUGGGUCGGCUCAUUUAGCUUUUUGCCCAUGCGGUUGGCUAACGCACCGGAGGCGUUGGAUUUUGACGAUAUGGCGAAAGGUAAUUUUCCACAUAAAUUUAACACACGGGCCAACGAGUCUUAUGUCGGUGCAUACCCUGAGAUCUCAUAUUAUGGUUAUGAUUCCAUGACUAGCGAUCAAAAGACAGAUUUCGCUAUAUGGUACAGAUCUGUAAGGCACAAAAAAUGUGACCUUCAGAAACAGCUGCGCCGCUACUGUGUCAACGAUGUGAGGAUCCUGCACACGGCUUGUGGGAUCUACAGGGAAAAUUUCAUAGAUUGUGCAACUAUAGACCCCUUUGCAUAUGCCACUCUGGCUUUGGCGUGCAUGGCCACCUUCAAAAAGUCGUUCUUGAAAAAAAACGUCUUGGCAUUGACCUACGAGGGGGUCUAUCGGAAAAAGCAAAAGUCGUUCUCAUGUGCAUCCAUCCAGUGGCUUGAAUAUCUAUCCCACUCCAAUAACCUGGAGAUUCAGCACGCUCUCAAGCAUGGGGAGGCUGAAUAUGGUCCAUUCUUCCUAGAUGGAUAUGCACCAGCUAUAAACACAGCCUAUGAAUUUGCAGGAUGCUUUUAUCAUGGGUGUGAACGUUGCUACAACGCUGGUCAUAUGAAUCCUGUCGUCAAAAAGACCUAUGGUGAAUUAUGGUUGCAGUUUCACCUCAAAGUCAAGGCCCUCAAAAGAGAUCAUGGUUUAAGAGUUGUGGUCAUGUAGGAGUGUGAGUGGCACAGACAGAAAAAUACAGAUGCUGCAGUGCAGGCAUUCUUGGCUACUCUGAAGAUACAACCCAGGAUUGAUCC